AUGAGAGCAUCUACGAGGGUAAACGUAACAAACCGGUUGUUUGUGACAACUUUUCUGGUAGCCUUUUCUUCGGUAGCGUUGAGCUCAGCGAUACCGUGUCCCGCACAUACCCUGGAUUCCGACGCACCUAUAGCUGCUGUGGAACGGAAAAAACAGCUGGAAGCUGAGGAACUGAGGACAGUUUCAACACCGUCGAGCAGAGACACGUAA